UUGUGCAUAAUUCAGGUGGAAUUGGAUGUUCAGCGAACGCUAGCGCGAUUUCCACCUAAUAUAUCAGAUGAGCGCAGAUCAAUCUUACAAGACCAGUUGACUCCCCUUAUAAUUCGCGUCUUGAAAAGCAACUCACGAUUUCACUACUAUCAAGGUUUUCAUGACGUUUGCCUCACGAUACUUUUGGUGUGUGGCGAAAAGAGUGCCUUGGAGGUGUGCAAAAAUCUUGCUCGGCAUGGUCCUUUUCGAUCCUAUUUGUUGAAAUCGCUGGAGCAGAGUGUGCUUCGGGAGCUUGACCUUUUGUAUGUGAUUUUAUCCCGCGUUGAUCCUCAGCUUGAAAGAAUUAUGCGUGAUGUGCACCUGGGUACAAUGUUUGCGCUUAGUUGGCCUUUAACUUGGUUUAGCCAUUCUCUUGAACAAUACCAACAAAUUGUGCGAUUUUUCGACGUAUUCUUAGCUUCACCUCCUCUAACACCUAUCUAUGUAUGUGCAGCUAUCGUUCUCAAAAGAAAAUCUGCGAUUGUCACAAGUGAACGGGAAAUGCCUAUCAUACAUCAGUUGCUUUCAACGAUGCCCUAUGAACUUCAUUCAGAUGCUAUCUUAUCAGAUUCUUUAUAUCUAGCCUCACUUAUGCCACCGUUUGCAUUGAAAACCGAAUUUACGCGGAUAUAUAAAGAACAGGCAGAUUUGAGGUUUCGUCCAGUGAAUAAUCGAAAUCCGAUACACAGAUGGGGUCCGAUCUCUAGAUACGCUAUAACUAUGGUGGCAGCUGCAGGAGUUGCCGGUGCCGCUUACUAUUUCAACUUAGGGGAAAGGUUUGCGUUCUCAGCGUGAUU